GUACACUAUAACUCCUUGAGAGGAGAAAAUUGAUCAUGUUGCGUAGCUCACACUUUGCCUCUGGAUUUGCAGUGCAGACGUUCCUGCUGACUCACGCCUGAAGCGAACCUCGGAACCUCCAGGCUGCAGCUGGCAGACACCACACCACUUAUACUGUUAACUCGGCAGCGCAACAUUCAUACAAGGACCUUCAGUCGCCUAUUCAUUACAAAGAGAACGACUUCAUUCUCCUAUCAUGGCCAAUUUCUCAGCAACAUCCCGCGCCGUCGCCACCCCCGAACUCCUCGAGCUCAUCCUCUCGCACCUCCCACCAGGAGACGUCCUCCUCGCUCAGCGCAUCUCCAAGUCCUGGCAAACCCUAAUCUCCAACUCGCCCACCCUCCAAACUCUUCUCUACUUCCGUCCCCCAUCCCUAGCUUCGACCACCUUAACCCAGCUCAACCCCCUCCUCACCAUCGCCUUCCCCUUCCUCUUCACCCCCUCGCUCUCCCUCAGGCCCUCUGAAACCGCCGACUGGGACCUCAGCUUCGGGAACCUCUCUGAAACCGCCGACUGGGACCUCAGCUUCGGGCACCUCUCUGACCCGCCGAGUCCGGGGCCUAGCAUGAGAACCGCAGGUGCCGCCGGCUCAGCUGGUCCCGCUAAGGCAUUCAAGUACUCGGGUUGGGUGGUGAGGCCUGAGGCGUGGCGGAGAAAAGAGGCAAGUUGGAGGGGGAUGUUUAUUAGUAAGCCACCGGUGGCUAAGGUAAGGUGGAGGAAGACGGAGAGUGGGAUGAUGGGUUGCAAUGUUAGUGAAUGUGUUGUGAGGUUUGGCGCGGAAGAGGGCAUUGAGGGUAGUGGGACAGGUGCGGAAAAACAAGCGUGGAUGAAGCUUGAUGGUGAGAAAAUUCGGUUGAAAGCUGAAGGCGGAUUGAGGAUGGGUGUGCUUUACGAUUAUCUGGAGGAGAGAGUUUGUCGCGGCGACUGGCCCACUCCUGACUUCGACAUCCAAUUCGAACCCGGCCUGUCGCCGCCAGAGGUGGACGGCAAUCAGACCCGCGCCACGGGAGCAAUGGUUGCUAGGUUAGAACCACUGGACGCGGAAUCGGAGGCGGUGGAAAAGAUGUUUGCAGUUACCGAAGAAUUGGAGCUGGUCGUUUCGAUGUUUCGGGGCUAUUCUUGUAUCAUGGAGGAGGAAGAAGCAUAUCCAAUUUUUCGGAGUGAAGGGUUUAGAAGUGUGGAAGUGGGUCCGUGGAGGGAGGUCAGCAGUCAAAUGUGGGAUUAGAAGAUGACGGUAUCCUCCUGUAAUUAGAGCAUGGGAAGGUGUUAAGACACCA